AUGGCUGGCUGUAGGAUAAAAAUAUUUAUCGCUAGUGUUGGUGAUUUUGUGCAAGCAAAGUCUCACGACCGCAAACACAGACACAAGUCUGCAACACAGGAAAGGGAGAAGGAGCGGCUGGGAAUACCAGAUCCUACGGACUACCUUUACCGUCCAUUUGAGGGAACUCCGCAGCUGAGGCUGCCUUACAUAGCGACGGGUGUUCUGCAACCACACACCGAGUACCCCUGUGGUCUGAUGCGCUGCACGAGGACAAAGCCACCCAUCACGUUCUGUGAGAAUCCCACUGCCUCGACAGCCAUGUUUCGCACCAGGUCUGAGGUGUUAAAUGAUGCACAUCCACGUGUUGCUGAACUGAUGAGAGUCGUAAUGGAGGGGUCAUGGGCCAGUGCAGACACGCGGGCUCUUACUAGUUCCAAGCAGCGGUCAGUAGCAGCCGCAGCAGACGUGGCGGGCUCUUCCACCGAUGCCAAUCUGUCCAGCAGCCUAGCUGCAUUGCAGGUGUCGUAUGAUGAGAAUGAAGUGGAUGAUGCCGCCUCUGAUGACCUCAUCAAACCAAAGGAGAGAUCUUGGUAUCUUACUUUCAGUGUGAUUAGGGAGCUCUGGUCAGGAGACUCUGCAUCUGCCGUGGCUACCACAUCCGGCAGCCAGAGGGAGCCCCCUACGAUGAGGGGCAGUGCAUCAGAUCGAGACCGCGACCAUGACCGUGACAAGGAGCGUGACUUCAGCACUUCGCCGGAGGUCUCGCACAGGAGAUUCAGGGUGCGGUCUGAGUCUCGCCGUGAAGAGAGCUCUUCUCGUGUGGGGAGCGUGCCGAUGGUGUCGCCGAGGGCUGAACGCAUCACCGUCCGCUCCCGUUGGGACAGUGACUACGAAGAAGAGGAAGAGGAAGAGGAAGCAAAUGGAGAGUAUGGAGAAGAGCGUGAACAGAGAAAUAGAUUUGACAGGGCAGAGACGGCACUGUCGGUGUCGCCACGGAGGACGCGGGGCAGCUGGAGUGAUGACUUCGAUUAUUCGACUACUGCAGCAGAUAAAAGUGAGCCUGAUGAUGAUAGAGGUGCCGCACAACACGAUUCUUCCAGCAGCCGUGGACUGGAUGGGAGCAGCUUCGAGUAUCGCAAUGGCAAAGGCUCGGACAGACGCUCGCACAAAGAUGCUUCAGAAGAGGAAGAUGAAAAAAAGGAGAGGGCAAAGCAUGAAGAAGGCUACAGUGGUGACAACGAACGUGAAGACGAACGCCGACCCUUUGAACGAGUUGAGACUGAAGAUGACGAUGAGGAUGAGGAUGAUGAUGAGGACGAAGAGGGGGAUGAAGAGGAAGACGAUGAGGAGGAGGAGGGGGCCAAGGAGAAGGAGCAGCAGUAUGAGAACGAGGAGAAGGAGAAGAAGAAGAUAAAGAUGAAUGUGAGGAUGAAGAAGGAGAAGGAGGGAGAGGAAGACAAGAUAGAAGAAGUUGAGAUGGAAGUUGAAGAGGAUUCCCAGCCUGGAAUUAUUGAACCGCAUGAACCAAGUGACAGCACAUCUGCUGAAGAUGCCGACGUGGAAGACAGGUCGCUGACAUCUGGCAGCCACUCCCACAAGACUGACAGCAUUCUACACACUCCAGUUAAUGGGUCCCAUACUCAGGAUGAUGAAGAAUCCCUGCCUUCCCAUUAUAUACAGAAUGUAAAACUAAAUGAUUCAAUUUCUGGAGCUUUGGACAAAGUGAUGCAAAAUGAGGCAGUGACUGAGAAAUCAAGUAGUGUGAAUGCAGCCUUAAUUGGUCCACAGCCACUGUCUCAGUUCAUGCAGGAGGAAAACAGUCAAGGGGAACCUUCAGAUAGUACAAAACUCGCGUCAGAGUAUGAAGAAUUCAUGAAGGCUGUCAGUUUCGAAGCCACUGGGGAUGACACCACGCAAGGUGAUGAGCAGAUGGAAAUUGAUGGUGGUACCCCGGUGCAGGACAGUCCCCAAAAAAAGGAAUCUGAUAGUCCCAAAAAAAUUCAGCCAGAGUCUGACAGUCCCAUAAAAAUUCGGCUGGAGCCUGGGAGUACCAAAAAAAUACAGCUGGGUCCUGACAGUCCUGAAAAAAUUCAACCAGUUGCUGCCAGUCCAGAAAAAAUUCGCCCUUAUCCUGACAGUCCUGAUAAAAUUCGGCCAAUUAAUGACAGUCCCGAAAAAAUUCGACCAGAGCCCGACAGUCCUAAAACAGUUCGUCUGGUUCCUGACAGCUCUGAAAAAAAUCGUCCAGAUCCUGGCAGUCCCAAAAAAAUUUGCCCUGUUCCAGACAACCCUGAAAAAAUUUGCCCGGAUCCUGAAAGUUUUGGAAAAAUUCAGAUGGAUCCUGAUAGCCCCAAAAAAAUUCAUCCAGAUCCUGGUACUACAAACAAAAUUAGCAAUAGAUCUGACACUCUCAAUGAAGCUCCUCGUGUUGAAAUGGAAGACACAACUUGGUCUCAUAGUUCUUCAGAGAAGGAGAAACAGCAAAGCAGCCGAAAUAAUGAUUCAGAAUGUAACAGAAAUGACAAAGUCACAGAGGGAAAUGAGCUGAUGAAAGAAAAUGGUGAGUCGAGUAUGAAACAGCCUGUAACGGUGAAUCUUGGUCCUAAAUUGAGUGUACCAGAGUCGGUCAGUGCUUUCUUAGCUGUUGCUGAAAGUGCAUGCAGUGAUCUGUCGGUAAAGCAGAACAAUUCUCGCAGCAGUAGUUCUUCCAGUAGUUCGGAAAGCUCUUCAUCUUCAGAUUCAGACGAAAAGCACCAUCGCAAGAGCAGGCACUCGAAGAAGGCUUCCAAAAAGAAGAAAAAGAAGAAGAAACACAAGAAGAAGAAACGACACCACUCACAUAAAAAGUCAAAAAGCAGGCAGAAGAAACGGUCAGCUACGAGUUCGUCCUCUUCUUCGGAUAGCAGCACUUCGUCAGAUGAUGAAAGCUCUUCGGAAUCCAGUGAGGCCAAGGAAAAGGUGUCUGCACGCAGCAGGAAGAAACGGAAGGGACACGCACAGCAGGUCGAGGCUGGCAGCGAAGGCGAGGACACAGGUGAUGAAAGAUCUCCAUCCCGCACGCGGAAGGAUAAGGGGCAGAAGUCGACACGCUCCAGGUCUAAGGCAAAAAAAGCAAAGGACAAGUCACAUGGGAAGCGCCAUAAAGAAAAGAAGAAGAAAUUGAAAAAGAGGAAGAAAAAGAAGAAGAAGAAGCAGCAACGGAGUCAUAGUAAAAAGCACAGUUCGAGCGAUUCGGAUGAUGGUGUUGCCGCACUGUUGCUUCCGGAGCUUCCUGUCACUGCUGGAGGUGUGACUGAGCCCACUGGUGGAAAGACUAAUGAGGUACUGGGAUUUGUUCCAGAGUUGGCUGUUAACUCCCACCUUCCUUCGAAAGCAGCUGAAACAGGUAAGAAAAACAAGAGUGCUGCAAAAGCAAAACACAAAGGUCGAUCUCGGGGUAAAAAGAAGAAAAAGGAAAAGAAACAGAGUCGACGACACACUCGCCAUACUGACAGUGACUCCGAAAGUGAUGAGAGUGGCGACAGAGAUUCGGACACACGAGAGGACGGAGAUGAACGGAAGGGGCGGCGUCGAUCUUCGUCGAUGCCUGAACCACCGCAUAAGAAGCGACGGCGCUCGCCUUCCAGUUCGCCUGAACGGUCGCCAGCUCCAUCCAAGCGUCGACAGAAUCAGCACCCAUCAACUUCAGCCUCAUCCGAUCGACAGGCUCCGUCUGAAGGUGGUGGCAGAUCGGGUUCUGAAGGAGGCAGGGGGACCAACAGAGAGCGACAGAAGAAUGGCAGUGAUGAGGGGAGCAGUCGUAAGAGGGUCAGAGGCGGUGGCUCUCCCAAAGCAGUGGCAGCAGCAGUAGUGGCUGCUGCUGGGGAUGGGGCAGCGUCUGCAAAGCCCAGAGGUGCCGCUAGGUGUUCAGAAAAGACGAAGUCUGCCCAUUUUGAAGGUGAGGAAGAUGAAGAAGAGGCCGACGGAGAGGGGGAAGAAGAGGAAGAUGAGCACCACAGACAUUCGAGGAGUCGCAUUGUGGCCGUGCGUAGGAAGAGGAGUGUCAGCAACUCGAGUUCGGGCAGCAGCUCAACAUCUGUCACUUCGAGCAGCAGCCGGAGUAGCAGCAGCAGCAGCAGUAGGAGCAGUUCGAGCAGUAGUGACAGUUCCAGGAGCAAUGGCAGCAGCAGCUCUUCUUCAGACGCUUCGGACAGCAGCAGUUCCAGCAGUAGCAGCACGAGUAGCAGCAGUUCGAGCUCCAGUAGCAGCUCCACCCCCAGCACGAGCAGCUCGAGCAGUUCAGAAGCACGUGCUGGCAGCAGUAGCAGCAGCAGCUGUGACCUGCCUGUGCCACAUGUCAGCGACAGCGACGAUGGUGACGAGUUGGCGGCCCUCACAGGUGACACCCGCCCUGCCCUCUUCCCAUCCGGUUUGGGAGCUGAGGGCGAAGCCGAUGAGGAUGAUACAGAAGAUUCUGAAUCUUCAGACGAUGACUAUGAUGAUGAAGAUGAUGAAAACGAUGACGACAGUGAAAAUGAUGUAGACAAUGAAAACGGCAAUGAAAAUCAAAAUGGUGAAAACAAUCAAAAUGGUGAAGACAAUCAGAAUGGUGAUGAUGAGGACAGAGAUGGAGAGGAGGACAGUGAUGAGAGUGAAGUGUCAUCAAUUAUGUCACCUAGUCGCAUCAAGAAGGAGGCAGUCUCUGACGAAGAUGAGUCAGAGGUGUGGGACCCGGAAUCCCUGCGCGCGCUGAACGAGGCAUUUGACAGCAAGGAAGGUGUGAAAUUGGUCAUCCUGCAAGAGCUGCCAGAACAUAUCAGAACCAGGAACAGUAAUUUCAAUAAGUCUGCAGAAAGACAGACAUCGAAAGAUGAGGCCUCAGUUGAGCUGAAACUUGAGCCCAUUCUUUGUGCCCCGUCAACUUCAAAAUCGUCUGUGUAUGAGGGUGCUGGACCUUCCAGGAAGCAGACUCCGGGAACAUCAAAGAUAAGUGAGUCAAGUAAUAGUGCACGCACGAGCACAGAAACAGAGAACUUGCCGGGUCCGUCGAAACCUUCUUUAGCAGCUGCUUCUGUAGCUGCCUCUCCCAGCACAGUGUGGCAACAGGCAGGCUCUUCGAAAGUGUGUAAUAAAUCUGAGCUGGUGGCUUCUGACAGUGGUUUGGGACAUGGUAACAGUUCUGUAACUAACAAAGCAUCAACCAGUGCUAUCCCUCCGAGCCGUAAUGCCCCAGCCAAAGCAUCAACCAGUGCUAUCCCUCCGAGCCACAAUGCCACAGCUGUGGCUGUCGAUCAGGAGAGAGCCUCUCUGUCAGAAAGGAAUGAGUCGGUUCUCUUGCAGACCCAGAAUGGAACAGUAGGCGAUGCAGAAAUUGGAGGCCAAUUGAGGGACACAGUGGUAGGAAUGGAAAAUGAGUGUCCCAUAUCGCAAAGAAGAGGUGCUGAAGACACUUCGGAAGACAGCACACCUGUAAAAGGUCAUGUGAGAGAAGAAAUUGGUAAUAAUGCUGAACUCGAAAAUUCAAUUGUUCAGAACAAGCAACUGGAGGCACAACUUGCAGAAGUGCCUCUUCUGGAUAAACAUCCACCACAGACACUAUCCUCCCAGCAAAAGCCCUCUGCUCUUACUCAAAAAGGAAAUGCUUAUCCUGAAAUGUAUGAUAUGUUUGCUGAUGAACCACCAAGUGCAUCAGUGGUUCAGAGUGCAUGUAACAAAGAGAAUAACAAUUUGGAGCAACCAGGUGGAAGUGAGAAACAGGUCCGUAGGUACCAACUGAAUGCACAAACAUCCACUAGUAGUGAGAGAAAACCUUGCGCCAAGUCGGGGAACACUAGUUCUGCCCAUGAAAAUAGGAAAAGCGCCAACGAGUGUCUCGCCGAAGGCCUACCCCUCGGAAGCAGUGCAGCUCCAAUGAAUUUGGGGCUCUUUCACCGUGAAAUGCCUGUACAUUUUACAUCUGACAUUUCUGCAGUGAGCAGCUGGGAGGAGAAAUUUCGUAUUGCAGUGAGAAAUGUGCAGGAGCUGAAAGCAAGAACCGAAGAGCGUCAGAAAAAAUUGGCAGACGGAAACAUUGAUAAAGUGCCCGAAGCAGAAGGAGAAAAGAAAGAAGAAACAGUUACAAAAACUGCGGAGGAAUCAAAUUUGAAUGCUGACUUCGUGAAAAAGUCACACAGUUUGUACUGGGAUGAGAAGGAUGACGAGAGUAUACAUUUCAGUUGGGGCCAUGAACGUGAACAUUCAAAUACUGGAGCCCAGGUAUCAGAUUUUGACCAGACCACUCGAGAAGAGGGAGAUAACUCGGCCUCCCGUCAGAAGGAUGAGAACAGUUGGAUUUCUUCUGAGUAUGGAAAUGGAAAGGCUGAGGGUAGUCAUGCGGAUGGCGACAGUCACUUUGGUAAAGUUUUUUGUAAUACUGAAGUCAGUAGCACUCCUUCCGAAGUGAUCAAUUCCCUAGAGGAGAGAGACUUCGAGGUAGAUCGGAGCUCUUGCCACGAAAAUAGGGAGGCGUUGAUCAGUCAUGAGAGAUCGCAUGGUUCAACAGUACGAGAAUACAUUCCUCUUGAAAGGUGGAAAGAAAGUGAGAAUGACCAAAUAAAAUUUGAUGAACUAAAUGAGAAUGAUGUCAUCAGUAACUGUAGAAAAGAAUACAUCAUUCAUACAAAAGACACACAAAAUACGACUAAUAAUCCUCCAGAUUUGUCUGCAGCUGACAGUGGGUUACUGGAAGAUGAAGUAAAACCUAGUUUGAGUGGUGGUGGUGGUGGUGGUGGUGGUGGUGGUGGUAGUGAUUGUGAUGAAGAGGAAGAAAAAACUCUUCAAGAAGUUGCGAAUGUCACUGAUGUAUUUCGUAAAUUAAUAGAAUGUAAAGACAGGGGAGAAAUUACACUAGGUACUGAGUUAGAGCUGUUGGCUGCUGGAAGCCCACAUUCGUCUGAUGACGAGGAGAUUUUACCUGAUUGUUUUUCUGACAAUCUCUUUAGCCUGCAACACAUUCUCGAGAGAGAGGACACAGACGAAAAGUUGUCUAAUGAUGCCCUCUCGUCGCCUGCACAAAAGAGGGCUAGAGAUUCUCAAGAAGCCACAGGUGCCCACACAGAGGACACUGCCAUCGACUUCGAAGAGCAGGACAGUAUCUCCUCUCCCAGGAAAAAGGCCCGCACGACUGAAUCGAAGGCCGAAAUGACUUUUAGUGGUAGUGGGGUUCUGGAGCCUAGUAGUGUCGAUGGGGAGGAGCACAAUAAGCCACAGUCUGCCACUCCGAGCAGUACCCAUGGGGUCUCGACAGACAGUAAGGCUGACGGUUCGGGUGAAAAGAGUGGAGAGGCAGCUACCACCACUCGGCACGAUGAACGCAGGAGAGAGAGGAGUCCAGACUCCUACAGGACCCAGGAGGAGAAACACAGGAAGAGCUCCCGCCACCACGAUGACUCUGACAGGCAGAAUCGGAGUGAUGACAAGAGGAGGGAAAACAGAGAUCGGCGGCGGGGAGAGGAACACAGACGUGACAGGAGGGAGAGAGAGCGGAGGAGCUGGCGGCGUGACAGCCGCAGCCGGAGUGGCAGUCCUGCGGACUACCUAUCAUCCAGGAAGCGCCGGGGUUCCGGGUCACCUGACCGCCGGCACAGAGGUGUGGAGGACAUCCCGCUGCCUGCAGCCCUGCGGCAGCAGCGGAGGUCCCAAUACAGGGCAGACGAUGAGCCGCCGCCAGCCGCAGAGGCACGGGAGGGAAGGCAGAAGCGUUCCUCCACACUCUCCGCUGGUGUUGACCCGAAGCUGUCAUCUGCUAAUAUUACACAGUUGGAACACUUAGCCGGCUACAACUUCAGUUCAAGAUCAGAAUCUAGGACCACACGCGGAAAAAGGCCUCCAUCUCCACCGCCGGCGAGCAAGUCACUGAAAUUUUCACCCAAGCGCCCAUCCCUGGAUGACCGCAUUGAGAUGGAACUGGGUGUUCGCAAGGCAGCACCACCACCACCGCAGCAGCAGCAACAGCAACAGCAGCAGCAGCAGCAGCAGCAGCAGCCGCCGCAGCAGCAGCAGUCACAGCAGCCGCCACCACCUCCACCACCGCAGUCACCGGCCCCUGUCCCACAGUUUCAUCAACAACAGGGACCAUACAAUUUCCCAUUCCCGCCCAACUACUAUGGCCCCCACACUCCUCAAAUUCCCAGUCCGGCUCCUCUGUUCCAGCAAGGCUUCAACCCUCUGCAUUGCCAGGGGCGUCCUCAGUUCACCUGUCCCCCGCCACCCAUCGUGCGCUACACCACACCGCCACCGCCUAUCCAGAAUAAGAGGCCGCCAUUGCUGCCUACUCCUACGCACUUCCGGCCACGGAUGGAGAUGUGGGACACGAGCCCAGAGGCCAUGGCGGCCAUUAUGAGGGGCACGCCUCCUCCACCUCCACCGCCUGCACAACCCCCACCUCCCAUACAACCCCCACCUCCCGUACAACCUCCACCUCCAGUACAACCCCCACCUAUGCAACCCCCACCUCCGGCACAACCUCCUCCUCCUGUACAACCCCCGCAGACACCUCCACAGCAGCACUUUCACAAUUCGCGAGUUGUUCAGGUUGGCAAUGUGUUACAAGUAGUGCCAGCAGAACUGCCUCCCCCUCCACCCCCACCACCACCUCAGGAGCCACCACCAUCCACGAUGACGGUCAGCGGUGUGCUACAGGUGAUUUCUUCGGUGCAGGGAGAUGGAGCGCAACGGGCUGGCGCCACACCAGGCACGUCUGUGGCUACGGUCACAGACGUGCCUCCGGCUUCUCCCGCUGAUCGGGGAUCGGUAUCGGCAGCAGCCCUGUCUGAUGUGGCGGCUGCCUUGGCGGCACGCGUCACCGCUGCCGCAUCACACUGUACUGGUCCCGCAAUGCUACUGCCUUCUGUGGCCGCCGUGCUGCAGCUGCCCAUGAUGUCGACAUCAUUGCCAGUUCCACCUGCAGGAGCGGUAGAUGGCACCACAGGAUUUGUGGCUCCCGCCCCUCCAGUCGAACAGCUGUCAGCAGCGCAGCAGCAGCAGGCUGCCGCCGUUGCGGCUGAGCUGGAGCGCCGGCGCAUCGAGCGUGAGAGGCGCCGCCAGGAGAAGGAGCGGCGUCGACAGGAGAAGGAGAAGCGCAGACAGCGCAAGCUGAUGGCGCGCGCCUCGGCCGCUGCUGACACCAACAUAAAGAAAGCACUGUUGGAACGACAACGUAUUAGUGAAGGUCUGGUGGGCACUAUUGUCGGAGAAGGAGAAGUCGACAUUGAGGAGAUGAAGCUACUAGAGGAAGCUAUGCAGGAAGUGCCAGAAAUGGAUGACGAAGCUGGUGGAGGCGAAGAUGCGUCAGCUACGCCCUCACCAGGAUCACGAAAGCGCCGCAAAACUUCCUCGAUUCUUCUCGAAGUGAAGCCCCUUCCUCCUGCAGGCCGGGGAAUACUUGUAUCUCCCGGUUUCAGGGACAAGCCACUGAAGACCGCUAUGGCAGACCGUAAGUCUGUCAAGUUUGCAGACGGCGUCCAGCCGGGUGAAGGCACGUCACCCUCUGGAGGAGAGGACCUGCCAUCACCUCCUCCACCUCCCCGCAAGCUACCAAAAGAAAAGCGCUUCAAGAAGAAGAAGAAAAAGAAGAAGGUGAAGGUAAAAAUUAUUAGACACCUCAAUGUAGAAGAGGUUGUCGAGGAAGAUGAUGAUGAAGAUGAUGACAGCUCACCCCCACCACCUCCACCAGGUUCACCUCCGCCACCUCCUGCAUAUCCAUAUCCUGCAUACCUGGCUGCCGGAUAUGCAUAUCCUUAUGCUGUAGUCCCAGGUGUAGAAGCCCCGAGUGCAGCGUCAGUUAUUGGCAAUGCAGAUCGAACAAUAGCAGGUGGAGCAUCGGCUGCUGUGGCACCCAGAACUCCAAGCCCAACCACCGUCUACAGCUCGGCAGCAAUGGCAGUAGCAGCUUCCACCGCCUACCGACCCGCAUCCAUGCCGCCUGCCACCCCGUGAACUCCCACCGUUGUGGACUCCACAGUGUGAAAUUCAGCUCGAGCACCUCGGGUGAAGUCAACCUCUCUCUGUGUUAAACAUGAGUGUAUCAUUUAAAUAUAUUGUAGUGUCUCAGGUUGACAGUAAAUAUGUUCCAGUGGAAAGCAGUCGUGCUGUGUGCAGACUGGAAAUGUGUACAGUACCAAAUGUGAAAUAUAUAAAUUUUGCCAGAACAGAUGUAUCACAUUAGCAUGUAGAUUCAUUAUUUUGUGGUUCGGUUGCAGUGCCUAUAACAACAGUUCUCAGAAAACAGAUUAAUAACUGUGGCAGCUGCUUGAAUGUACAAUUGUGUCAUACUUCUGUAAUUAAUGUGGUAAGUAAUUUACUGGACUGCUGUCAGAACCUGUCAGAUUUGAAAAUAAUGCAAGCAUUAGACAUUGGUGAACAUUCUCGAUGAUUGUUUGCCAACUGUGUGUGAGUAUUUCACUGAGUGGGGGGGGGGGGGGGGGGGGG